GAAGAGAGCAGAGGGUGAGGGAAGAUCACGAUGAUGCCCAGUACUCGAAUAAAUGUAGGACUACUCGUCGGUGGAGCUGCUCCAUGCAGGAGCAGCUGUAUAGCAGUGGGCCUGAUGGCGGGUGGCUACGGCACAAGCAGCAGCAGCAGUGGCUGCAGGAGAAGACAUUCAGCUGACAGGGACGAUGGCCACGUCCAGCGAAAACCGGGACAUGACGGCAAACGUACGAUGAACCCACUUCUUUCCUUCACCUCGUCCACAGCAAAUGCUACCGCAUUCUUGAAGAUGUCGGCACACCAGACCUCGUCUAGGCGAUAUUUCGUGUCCCUUUCCAAGCAUAACUGGAGAGGCCAUGAUGUGAAGCUCUGUCUGCGUGGUUUGGAGCAAAAAAUGAAAAUCGCAGGAAAAGCAAACAAUCCACGUUCUCCCUUCAGGAAAAAAACAAUUAUGGCUAGUACCGUGAACCCACCUCGUCUCAUAGCAUCUUUUAAGUACUUCAGUAGCCAUUUUGUACUUCUUCUACUUGGAAAGUGCUAAAAGAAAAAGAUCUGCUAAUAGUACAUGGGUUGUCCUUCUCGGUUGUACCUCUAACACAACGUCAAACGGCUCGUGGCGAGAUCUACAGAGGCAAGAGCAGGCAAGGAGAGCAGGAGGGGGAUCCGAUGAUGGAAGUGGUGCAUCGAUUUCUGCAGGCCUCCCAGCCGUCCAAACAAGUGGAGCAUCUCCGUUUCCUAGUUUUCAAGAAUUCCCACUUCGGCGCGAGGUGCAAACUGCGUUGUUGAAGAUGAGCAUCCGCGUUCCGACAAAGAUACAGAUGUCCUGCAUCCCCAGAUUGCUGAUGCGGAAGAAGAAACCCGGAGAAGAGAAUGGGAUGGACCCUUUCCAAUCAGUCAUGGACAACUACGCAAGAACUUCGUGGGCAGGUGCACAGGGGAAGUCGUCGCUUCUGUUGCUAUGCCAGAUGGUUUUUUGAUCUUUUACUUGUUCUUGUAGUACUUGUAGUAUAGAUACUAUGUAUAGUAUCAUCUUCUUCUUCAUGAUCAUGUACGACGCCCGCACGAACACAACGACCUCAAUCAUGUCAAUCUGAUAGAGAAAAUAUAAUCACCCAAUUGAUAUGGAAACAAAUCAAUCUACUUAUUACAAACUGCAGUAUGAUCUCUUCCGCAAUCGCACCAACCUCGCCGUUGUCCCCUUCUAAUCCAAGUAGCAGGCACAGGAUCAGGAAAGACAGUGGCCUACUUGGCACCAUUGAUACACAAUUUGCUAGAGGAGUUCGAUCCACACGUCCACCCGAUAGUGACGCAGCCACG